AUGAAGAUGAACAACAAUGUGAUAGGGCUAGAACUCGACAUGUUAAGUUCACUUCCAGACGAUAUCUUGACCAAAAUACUCUCUUGCCUCCCUAUCGAUUCUGCUGCUGCUACUUCCGUUCUAUCCACCAGAUGGCGUCACCUCUGGACCGGAGUCACCAGCUUUGUAGUCUUGUUCGAAACCGGCAAAGACGCCACCGACGACGACAUCCUUUUUUUACAAAAACUCAUAAAGCUGACCUCUUUGAAACUGCACAUCUUUCAUAUUGAUUUGAAAGCUGCAACUAAUUUUUUGAAACCAAAUAUAAGAGAUCAAAUGUCAUUCAUCCGUGAACUUUGCCGUCCAGAUGUGGAGAAUAUCAAUAUUUUCUGCCCCGAUGAGAACAAUGGUUUCUUUCUUUGGGUGCCGAAUUUUCUGUUUAAAACCAAAUCUCUGGUAAGUUUAAGUUUGUGUUUCAUGAAUAUUAGGCUUGAUAUGCUUGAAAACGUAGAUAUUCAACUUCCUAAUUUGAAGAAACUUCAUUUGAACCAUCUUUCGCACAUCCCUCCUGGGUUGGAAACUCUGUGCAGGUGUAGCCCUGUGUUGGAAGUUUUAGAUUUGAAGUUUAUAUUAAUGGACCAUAGUACUAUUAAUACAGAUUUUGUUUAUGUUGCGAAUAUAUUUGGUGUUGGAAAUUAUGCGUUGUAA